AUGCUUUUCCAACCUCUCUUUGCUGCAACUCUGUUGAGUGCAAUCACAGCUGUCGCUUCGCCAACAUGGUCUGCUCAGCAGGAAUAUACCAAGUCCCUCCCUAAGAGUGUUUCUAAGCACCAGGGUACCCGACCAAAGACCGAUAUCUCGCCUAAGAAGCCAUUCAAGGCUUUCCCUUCUUCGCCCUCCAGAAACAGAGUCUGUUACGUCAGCUCUCACAACGACGGCGUGACAGAUGAUUCAGAGUACAUUCUAUCUGCUGUGAAUAAGUGCAACAACGGUGGUCAUGUCAUCUUCUCUCAAGGCCAAAAGUACGUUAUCGGAACUGCAUUGAACUUGACCAACCUCAACCACAUCGAUCUCGAUAUUCAAGGCUACGUUCAAUUCACCAACGACACCGACUACUGGCAGGCAAACGCUUUCAAGCAAGUUUUCCAAAAUGCUACAACCUUCUUCCAGCUCGGCGGUAAUGACGUGAACGUCUACGGUGGAGGUUUUCUCGAUGGCAAUGGCCAGGUCUGGUACGAUCUGUAUGCUCAAAACAUCUACAUCUUGAGACCCAUCCUCUUUGGUGCUGUCGGCUUGCACAACUCGACUAUUCAGAACUUGAACUUCCGCUACAGUCCUCAAUACUACAACUGGGUAGCCAACAGCACCAAUGUCUUGUUCUCGAACAUCUCCAUCUCAGGAUCCAGUCAAAGCAAGAACCCUGCCAAGAACACUGACGGAUGGGACACUUACCGUAGUGAUAACAUUGUCAUCCAGAACUCGGUGAUCAAUAACGGUGACGACUGUGUCUCAUUCAAGCCCAACAGCACCAACAUUCUUGUUCAGAAUCUGCAGUGCAACGGCAGUCAUGGGAUCAGUGUCGGCUCCCUAGGCCAAUACCCCGCCGAGACCGAUAUCGUGGAGAACGUCCUCGUCUACAACAUCUCCAUGAGUAACGCUAGUGAUGGCGCUCGUAUCAAAGUCUGGCCUGGAUCCCCGGCAGCUCUCUCGGGUGACCUUCAAGGUGGCGGUGGCAAAGGUCGCGUCAACAACAUCACUUAUGACACCAUGUCCAUCAACAAUGUCGACUACGCUAUCGAGGUCACCCAAUGCUACGGUCAGAAGAACUUGACAGCCUGCAACGAGUUCCCCUCUAAGUUGACCAUCUCGAACAUCGUGAUGAAGAACAUCCACGGCACCACUAGCUCCAAGUACAACCCUAUCUCCGGAUACGUCGUCUGUAGCAGUCCAAGCGUCUGCACUAACAUCAAGUUGUCGGACAUCAAUGUCAGCAGUCCCAAUGGUACCGUCAAUGAGUUCUCCUGUGGCGACGUCGAUGAGAGCCUAUUGGAGGGCAUCCAAUGUACCACCAUCAAUAAGGGGUACAACUAG